AUGAAUUUCAGUUUUUUAUUUUUUAUUUUCGCUUUUCUUAUUGGCUUGAACAAAGGAAGUGUUUGUCUGACGAGAAGAACAGAUUGGGGUCAGCUCGGUGCUAUAUUUACAAAUCCCGUUUGUGAUGUUUGGUGUCGAAUAAGGCAGUGUGGACCUGGUCAAUGCAAAGAAGAUCCGAUGACAUCCGAUGAGGCUCAAUGUGUCUGUGAAAAAUGCUACAGGGAUAGCUAUGGAAAUGCCAUUUACCCCGGCAAUAAUGGUCUCCAGUAA